GAGUCUUCUAAUAAUCACUCUAUUGCGGCAUCGCCUUUUCAGUUGUUAAUUUAAUGUUACGUUUUACAAUCGAGGUGUAGACACGUAUAACGCCACAAAGAUGAGAUAUAUUCAGUGAAGAAGUGGAACUUUUCUAACUAAUUUUCCUAUUUGUAAAAUGUUGGUAUAAAAUGUAGGCCUACUGUAAAUGACAGUCUGCUCUAAAUGCAUAUGUUUGCCACACCUCAAAUCUUUUAAUGGACAUAAUGUAUUCCAUUCAUGGACAGUUUUCAGUUUGUGCUUGAUGUUGAAAAGCUCAAGCAUCUACUCAACUGCGUCUACUAGCGGAGUGGAGACAAGUAGCAAAUCAGUCUCAAAAUGGAUGCGGGGUGACAUAAGUUUCUGUUUCUUUUUUGGAAGCACUACUUUACGUUGAGUUAAUAUUACAUUACUCGGUGAAUAUAUAUUUAUAUAUAUGCUAUUUGUGACAUAUCUGAGUAUAGUGUCAGAAAAAUUCACAAAAUAUCGAAGUGUGUUCUAAUCGCGACGUUUUUUCUUUUUCGUACUUCUUCCUGGUUGCAACGUAUGUGGAAACUUGCCUUUGGCACAAAGACUUCGCCAAAUAAUUCAUAUGGAUUGGCUACAUUUUUCUCGGAAUAGACGAAUUAAAAGUAUCGGAAUGUCAAUGGCAGACGGAGGUGGUCUACGAAUGUCAAGAGGAGAAAAAGGCACAAACUGAUUUCAAUACGUUUUUUUCAACCAUGGAAAUCGAGAAUGGUGCCGCAAGAGGUGUUUUGUUACCUGUACUACCAGGUUCUGAGCCCUUCGACAACAGUAUUCUGCCUCCACUGCAGAACAUGUACAUGUAUGAGGAGUCCAAGCAGUCUUUCAGAUACAACUCUGCUUUCUUGAUAAAGAAUACCACCCUGCAAGAACGGUAUGAGGCCUUCCGAACUGAAAGGAGAGGCAUGGGAUACUCAGAGGAAGAACUGGAGGAGUCCUAUGGGUUCUUACUGUUUGACGACAAAAAUAAGGCAAAUAAACUGGGAGAAACUGGUGUAAUCCCUGGUCACAGUACAUGCUCAACGCUUGGAGAUCCUUCAAAGGGUGUGUACGUGUCCAAGUACUCCGACUGCCUGGACCUAAACCGCUGGUACCACGGGAAGUCUGGGUACAUCGCCAUCAUCAGACUCACCAAGGGCAGAGUGAGAGAUGUGACAGAGAACUACACAGUAAACUACACCCCUCCCUCUAAUGGGUUUGACUGUCAUGUAUCAGAGCAGCUCAGUGCUGUGUCAGCCAACACCAGCUCCUUCCUGGCCUUUGAGAGAACACAGUACUACAUGUAUGAGCUGCCUGGUGGAGGGGCUGACUCGACAGUCCAGCCUCCUAGCCAUGCCUGCCCAUUCGCUAUAGUGGCUUUUUCCUAUUGGGAUACCAAGACACCUGCAUCAGAGGACCAAGAGAAGAGUGAGGAAGAAAAAACAGUGUUUCACUACUACCCCUGGAGGGGUCAGCUCCAAAUCAGCUCCCAGGUCUACCAUGUGGGUCUGAAGUCUAGCACUGGACCCCUGAUUCCAGCUAAACUUCCAACAGUAAUGGCAGUUGACGGAGCCAUUAAAAUGUCAGAUCUAAGGCAGAAAUUACCAAAGGCAAUGUUUGAAACCUGCUUCAUCGGUGAAGUUUCUCUGGAAGGAAUGGGUUGGAGUCUGUAUGAGCUGGCACCCAGUGAGGCUGAUGACACCUCUCUCUCUCAGCUCACACAGGAGCUCAAGGAGAAAGACCUGGCCCUCGUAAUACAACUGAAUGAUAGUGGUUUCCUUAUACUGUUACAUUCAUCUCACUUCCUCACAUAUGAAGAUGCUGGGUCCAAUAAGCCAGAGGUAUUGCAGGGGAUGUUUGUGUUUCCGGAUUCCAGAGCUAUACAACGAGACACCAAGAUCUGCUCGAAGAAGCCCUCCCUCUCACCAGAGGGCCUCCAGGUGGUGCCUGCACUGAACUACGCAGAGACAGAGGUGGAAAAGUGCCUCCCUGAACAGAGUGGGGAGCUACGUGGUUUACUAGAGCAGCAUAUCCAGAGCUACGCUGCCCUCAUCCACCCUGGGCUUACUAUCAGUCCAUCCAGGGAAGCCAGCAUCUUCCCAGAUCAGUUUGAUGUUCCUGAUGCCCUCAAAUAUCUCUACUCCACCCCAAAGUGGACUGAAAAGGGAUGGAAAUGUCUCAAGUCUUACUUCCACCAGCCGGGCUCCUUCGAGCUCUCUGUAUCCAGGGCCACGGAGCUCCUGGCGGCUGGACGAGAGGAGCGAGGGGAUGAGCCAGAUGAUGACGUCUACUACUGUCUGUCAUCUCCAGAAGGCCCCCCCAUGACUCCUGCUAGUCUGGGUGGCCCAGAGGAGGAGCAGUCAGGGGGACAGUCACCAGGAGACACAGCCACAUACAUAAGUAAUACACUGGCAGUAUCUACAGAGGACUUUGAGAAACCUGGUAUGACCAAGGCAGGCAGUAAUGCACCAAAUAAAAGAGUAGAGGAAGAAAAGACCUUGUCUUCAAAGGAGGUGCAAGACAAGGUGCAACAUGUGCAACCCAAGGAGGUGCAGGAGGAAGUGCCCUCUGAUCUUACCAAGCCUGUCCCAGCAGGGGACUUUGGGAAACCUGUCUUGAAGAAGGCUGACAGUAACGCACCAGGGACAACUUUGAUUCCAAAAGAGGUGCAGAAGGAGCUUCCCUAUGAUCUUUCCCAGCCUGUUGUGUUGGCAGAUGAUUCUGGGAAGCCUGGGAAGAACAAGGCCGUACCAGGGGUAGGAGUAGAGGAUGAAGGGACACAUUUGAACGCAGAGGAUGUCCAAGUGGAUAGGCAAAAGGAGGUGAAAGAGGAUAUGCUUUCUGAUCUUUCACAGCCUGCAGAAAACUUGAGGAAAGCUGGCCCAGCAGCGUUGGGUAAGGCAGACUGUAAAGCACCAGAGGUAGGAGUAGCGAAUGAAGGGACAAACUUGCACCUGAAAGAGGUGCAAAAGGAUAUGCCCUCUGGUCUUUCACAGCCUGCAGUCUCUCAAGAGGAAUUGAAGAAACCUGGGCCGGCCCUGGCAACCAAGCCCAACAUUAAAGCAGUAGAGACAGGAGUAGAGGAUAAAGGGGGGGAUUUGCCUAAGAAGGAGGUGCAAGAGGAGAUUCCAUGUGAUCUUUCCCAGUUUGCAGUGUCGGCAAAUGUUUUUGCAAUAGCCGGUAUGACAGUGAUGACCAAGGCCACAGAGGUGACAGAGGUUUCAACCUCACCUGUAUCAGGUGACCUCCCAACAGUGCUAGUCAUCACUGCCACUGAAGGAACUGCAACCGUUGUACCUCACAAUGAGAACUUUGGCUUGAUCAAUACAGAGUCAAUCACAAAGAACUCCUCCAGUUUGCCACCAGCCAAAGUACAGGAGAGGGGUGGAAGUGCUCUCAAUGGGCAACGUGGCAUGGCCAAUGAGGUCAAUAAUUUAUCUACAUCAGAUUGGAGGAAACGCCCAAGGAAACGGCGUAGAUUUAGCGGGUUGGGUAAACGGGUCUUGAGGUCUUCGGCAGCUGACUUUGAAGAGGAAGAAACUGAGAAGGGAUGUUUGGAUUCAAGUAAAGUCUACUCAUUGAAAAAGAGGAAGGAAAUGACAGAUUUAGUUCAACUUAACCCAUGGAAAAAGAAGGAAAGGAUGGAUGUAACCCAGGUUCGUCCAUUGAAAAUGAAGAGGGAACUAAUGAAUUUGAUCCAAGAUCUGCCUUUGAAAAAGAAGAAGGAAAGCAAGGAUUCAAUUAACUUUUACCCAUUCAAAAGAAAGGAAAGUGUGGAUCUAAUUCACGAUGGCCACCCAUUGAAAAAGAAGACAGAUCGGUGGGACUUGAAGGCAAUCAUCUCCGAAUGCGGUAGAAUCUUUGUCCCUCAUGGUUCCGCAGUUAUCGCCAAGGAUAUAGAAUCUUUGAAAGUUAUGGGGAAAGUGAUAGAUCACAAACAAUGUGCUGAUGAGAUGAUGGUUGAAGCUUGUAUCAAAGUACCCCAACCCAUAGAAACAGGAGAUGAACCUGGCCUAGAGUUGAUAAAGUCAGAUGAAAACAAAGAUCCACACAUAUGGAGUUCAGACAGUAAAGACCAUCCACCAGAGGUCAAAAUGGCUGAUGUAGACAAGAUGGCCUCUCAGAAAUCCUCAGAACUGGUCCAGAACAAAGACAUGGAUUUUCCUUCCUUAGAAAAACACAAAAAGAAUAGUCAAUUUGUUGCAAUAUCCCUCAGUAAACUAAAGACAGUUUUUUCAAGAAGGGGAAAGAAGAAAACGCCUCUCAAACCUGUUUCAGAAGAUCAAAUGUUACCAUUGGACAAAAAAAGCAAGGCCGAUGCUGGCAUGGAAAGUGUUCAUUUCAGUAAUUCCUGCAAAGAUACCCCGGACAGACCCACAGGUGCUGCUGAAGUUGCAAAGGAACAGACAUUUGGCCUAGACCCAAAGUUUGCACUGGCAUUAGGCUUGACUCCUAGGGAGUUGCAUAAUAAUGCACCCAAAUCUCCAGAAAAAAGUGAUAUUCCACUGAAGCAAGACAUUCAGAGCAGACUGGACCUGGUUACACUUCAAGCCACAUCUGACCAAAUGUCUGAGGCUUUGCCUAGCUCCCCUUCAGCAACAAUAACCUUAACGGGUCGGGGGAGCCCAUUAAAAAUGAAAUGCAAGCCUGCAGACUCCAUAAGGAAAAAAUGGUGGUUGCACUAUCACACACCAACUUCUUUUGAAAAAGAGAAAGUAGCACAACCUAUAUCCUCCCAACUACUGACACUUAACCCUGAUGUCAGGUGUGUUGUCAGUAGGGGUAGGCCUCGCACAGUGAAGAAAGAUACCAGUGAUGCAUCAUGCCCACCAGCAGAUGCUCUGACCCUAUUGGCCGAUUUGGCCCUUAGUACCAGUAACGACAAAGUACUGGACCAGCAGCCAGACCACCUGGCACUUCAGCAACAAGAAUGCUGUCCAAGUUUGCUUAUAAGUGACAACAGUGUCAAAGAUGGCGGCUCUCCUCAUGAGUCAGAUGGUGAACCAGAGUCUGUCCUUCAUGCACUGCUGAAGCACCCUUCUGUUGCUAGGCUUAAACUUCCCCCUCAGUCUCCGUCACCCAAGGGGCUGGUGGUGGGGAGUGGGGAGCGGGUUGUGUUAGUCUCACAAGAGCAUUCUUACUCACUACCGCCAUCCUCCUCUCUACUAUUGGGUUUGUCAGGUUCAACCCUCCAAGUCCCCAUUUCGGAGGGACUUCAGCCGCAUCGCAAGGAUAUGGUCGAUGGUGACGGAACUCAAGCACUACGGGCCUUCCUGUGUCAGGAGCAGGACCAGAACAGGAAAGAACUCGGGAAGGAAUCCGGGGUGGCUCCAGAAUCCAUGAGAAAAGGAAUUGGGCGCAGGCAGAAGUUCCGUCGGUUACGGCGGUUCAUCGAAAAAGACCGCUCAGUUCAAGUGACAAGGCUGUGGAAGGAAAACUAUGACUUUAAUUCAGACAGCAAGUUUACCAACGACCCUAUGGAUAAAACAGUUAUUAGAGCCCUACAUGGCCCAUGGGAUUUCAACAUUGAGGACACAAACGAACAGGUUCAGCUCAUCAUCCAUAUGUGGAUAGGUCUUUUCUACAGCAGGUCCACUGCUAGGUUCUUCCAGGCAGACCCAAGUCUUCUAUGUAUGGAGGAAAAAGAUUCUACAGAAGUGGAUCAUGGAAUGGUACAAGCCCAGGUUACAUCUGAGACCAAGACAAGUUCCCCUGCUUAUAUUGGCCUUUCCAGGAUCCCAGAACCUGAGGUUUUGGACCGUAGUAAUGUGGGUAAAAAAGAAUCACAACCAUUAAGCUUGGAACCUGAGGCAUUGGACCUUUCAGUGAAAACAACCUCGACUGUGUUAGAUGUCACUGUAGACACAAAGGAUUCCCCUGAGUCCAAGCAAAGUAUAUAUUUAAAAAGUCCUUCAGUAUACGAACCAGAAAGUGGACUCCACAAGGAAAUCGUCUCUUUUCACAAACAAAGUACAGGUCUUGAGUUAAAGGUUUACAGAGACCGUGAGGACAGCAUGACGUCAGACAAAACGAGUGAACUGGAUGAUGAUGAAACUAACACCCAUGACAAUGACAGCAAUGGUACCCUCCAAAAUGAUGUGUCCCCUAAAAGAAGACAUUUGGAAAGUGAUGGAUCGUACAUUCUCUUGUGUGAACAGGCAGCAAGUGUGUACAUUAAUCAAGAAAAGGUCCUGGAGACUCAAAGAAUUGACCGGGGUUUGGAGGGCAAAGCCAAAAAGGAAAUCCAAAAGGAAGAGAGGAGCCAUGAUGGAGAACAAAACAUAGCACGUCUUAAAACCAUGGAAUCUAAAGAUGUUGAUGAGGCGCAACAAGUUCAAGAUAACGAUUCAGUCAAAACAAUGUCAUGCACAGAGGUGCUGGGGGAUGGUGACCUUACCAAUAUGGCUGACAGAGUUGAGUGUAAUGCAAGUGAACCCAGAGAUGGGUCUUACGUUGCCAUCUGUGAUGGCAGUGAGUCAAAAAUGCACAAAGCAUAUCCUAGCGUGGAGGAUUCUGUUGAAGCAGCAAAACCAGAAGCAGUGCAUGUUGGGAAAGACACCACAAACAAGGAAAUCAAUGCACAACCUGCUGGGAAUGAUUCCAUUGGUAAGGCACUCAAAGCAAUGCAUGAUGAAAAGAUUCCCAAAGAUGUGUCACGGGAUGAUGGGAACUCCAAAAAUGAGGUGCAAACGGCAUUGCAGGAAGGGAAUGAUAAUGGUGUUGAGGCACAAACGGCAUUGCAGGAAGGGAAUGAUAAUGGUGAUGAGGCACAAACGGCAUUGCAGGAAGGGAAUGAUAAUGGUGAUGUGGCACAAACGGCAUUGCAGGAAGGGAAUGAUAAUGGUGAUGAGGCGCAAACGGCAUUGCAGGAAGGGAAUGAUAAUGGUGAUGUGGCACAAACGGCAUUGCAGGAAGGGAAUGAUAAUGGUGAUGAGGCACAAACGGCAUUGCAGGAAGGGAAUGAUAAUGGUGAUGUGGCACAAACGGCAUUGCAGGAAGGGAAUGAUAAUGGUGAUGAGGCGCAAACGGCAUUGCAGGAAGGGAAUGAUAAUGGUGAUGAGGCGCAAACGGCAUUGCAGGAAGGGAAUGAUAAUGGUGAUGAGGCGCAAACGGGAUUGCAGGAAGGGAAUGAUAAUGGUGAUGAGGCGCAAACGGCAUUGCAGGAAGGGAAUGAUAAUGGUGAUGAGGCGCAAACGGCAUUGCAGGAAGGGAAUGAUAAUGGUGAUGUGGCACAAACGGCAUUGCAGAAAGGGAAUGAUAAUGGUGAUGAGGCGCAAACGGCAUUGCAGGAAGGGAAUGAUAAUGGUGAUGAGGCACAAACGGCAUUGCAGGAAGGGAAUGAUAAUGGUGACGAGGCGCAAACGGCAUUGCAGGAAGGGAAUGAUAAUGGUGAUGAGGCGCAAACGGCAUUGCAGGAAGGGAAUGAUAAUGGUGAUGAGGCGCAAACGGCAUUGCAGGAAUGGAAUGAUAACGGUGAUGAGGCGCAAACGGGAUUGCAGGAAGGGAAUGAUAAUGGUGAUGAGGCGCAAACGGCAUUGCAGGAAGGGAAUGAUAAUGGUGAUGAGGCGCAAACGGCAUUGCAGGAAGGGAAUGAUAAUGGUGAUGAGGCACAAACGGCAUUGCAGGAAGGGAAUGAUAAUGGUGAUGAUGAAAAAGAGUCAGGAGAUAAAGCAGCACCUGCAGUAUGUGGUGGGAAUAAUUCUGUGGCUGAAACACCACCAGAGAUAUCACAUAAUGAAAAUGAUUCCCAAAAAGAGACACCGUCAGUGGUGCAUGGUGGAAAUGAUUCGACACUACCUGUGAAAUUGUAUAGCAAGCUGUAUAUAGACGAAGAACCCACCGAUGAGGUACAACCAAUGGAACAGGUUGGGAAUGUUUCUGUUGGCACCACUAGAGUACUGCUAGAGAUGCAGGUUGAGAUUCAAUCUAACGAUGAGGUACUGACCACGAGAGUAUUUCCACUGUGUGAUGGGAACACGCCUUUUGUAGGUGAGUUCGACACGCCCAUUCAGUCCAAGGAUGUUUCAGGAGAAGCUAAAACAACAGCAGUUGAGACCGAUUUCAAUGGGAUUAGGGAUUCUAAAGAUCAAAAACGCAUAUCAAUGCCGGGUCAGAGUAAAUCUGAUAUUGACACACAAGGGCCCCGACAUUCUCAAGACGAGACAUCAGAGGUACUGACAGGCCAGGUAGAAAUACCACUGAUUGGAGCAGGAAUUCUCAGGGAAGAUAUCUCACACCCAGAUGUUCUACAUUCACACAGUCAGACAUCAGAGACAGUGUGUGCUCAGAUAGAAAUACCAUUUAUUGGAGUAGAAUUACCAUUCAUUGGAGUAGAGACAGAUAGCAAGGAUAUCAUGCACACAGAGGUGCACGACACUCACUUGUGUCAGAAAGACACACCAAUAUCUUCAGUGUGUCAAAGUGAUCAUUUGUUUUCAGGUGAAAUGUUUAGAAUAGUUUCAAAGGCAACUGAAUCUGUCAGUAGAUGUCCAACCCCUAUCGUGGACGAUGGUUACAUCCUGAUUCCUGACAUCGACAGUGGCUGCUUGGUUAACUGCGAUGCCAGUGGGGUAGGCAAACCCCUCAGCAGAUUCCCAACACCUACACAAGAUGAGCCACCUUUCGUUACAGAAUUGUCUUAUGACCAUCACACACCGAAGACUGUUUUUUUGCCCGAUUUGAAAGACACCAACAGUCCCAACCUCAAUAGUGGUUUUGCUCUUAUUGAAAAUGAAAAGGCUUAUUGUGAACCACAUGAACCAAGUCUUGGUAGCAGCCCUAGCUCUGUAGAGAAUAUGUUGCAUGAGUUGCGUAAAUCCAGCAACAACAAUAGCAAACCAAAUAAUCUGGAAGCCAUUGGUAAUCAGUUCUCUCAAUUAUGGACUGAACCCCGCAAGAAGCCAAUCGCCACUAGCACACCUCUCAACACCCCCUAUACUUCUUCAAAGGAAAAAAACGAUUACAGUCCUUAUUCAAAUAUGCGACAUACCCCUGCUGAACAAGACCUGUAUGCAAGUCACGAUUCACUGCAUAGGUUCCCUGCCUCCUAUCCCAAAACCCAUAGCACCGUAACACAGAAAGCAGCAUUCUCUGUGCCAUCAACCCACCUUGAAGUCCUGUCCAAUGACACAACAGAAAGAAUAUUAACUCGGGACUUGAGUGAAAUCGCUUUGGAGGGAGACACUAACUUGUGUCCUGCGUCAACAGAGAUUAUCAUACAGUCCAUCCGUCAGAAUAUCCCAGGAGUAAGUGGACCUACAGCAGCUUCUCAGAACCUUUCAGGGCCCAACUUUACUGAGCCCCAUCCAUACAGCCAACAACUUGCCAUGGCUGUGAAUCUCUCCAAGAGUGAAGGCAGCAGAGGAGAGUACAGCUGGAAAGAAGGACAAACGAAUAUUGACCCUAUGUCUUCAGAUGUUGUCAAAAGCAAACAAACCGCUGCCCCUGUCCACUCAAACACUAAUCCUCACCCGUAUAACACACCAUAUGUCACCGAAAUGAGGAGACAGAUUGCAAGUUUGCAAGACUAUGUUAUGGAUGAAAGUGAGGAGCCUGCCGUAGAGCAAGACAACAUUGAAUCUAGUCUAGAGACAAAUUGGAUAUCAGAUGACCAACACGCAAGUAAUACAUCCCAGUUGAAUAAAACAAAACUUGACUUCAUCAACUCUUUACGCGAGUAUCAGCAAUGGGAUAAAAGGGAAUUUGAUGAUGAUUUGGACUUCAGCAAGCAAGGCACUUCCUCUUCAGUCACCUUCCAGUCUGAAGAAUCAGACAAAAUAUUUACCCGUAUGGAAGAGAACAAACAGGACUGGUUAAAGUAUUGUAGGUCAGAGAGGAGUGGGAACACCUCCAAAAGCCAAAUCGAUUUGGACGAUGAGCACGAGGAAGUUUCCUCAUUUGCAAAGCCAUGCCUAGUUACAGUUUUGGAUCACAAAGGAAACAGAAUCACCUAUGAAAACUAUCCCGUUCCGAAACCUUCAACAAGCACGCACACAUGGACAGCUCCGAACCCAAACAGACAGGGCUCGAGCAGUUUUCUGGAGUUCUCCAAGAGGUGGGAUGAUACACAUAACACUGAUGAAUCUGACCUCACUCAGUCUUCUGUGGAUCUGGAGACCCUCAUCUUCUCAGAGAGAAUGAACCAGAUGCUAAAACGUAAAAGGAAGAGUAGCAGCAGCAGGUACAACCGAUCAAAACACCACAGGUCAACUGUAGAAGAAAGAGCUUCCUCCUGUAGCCCGGCUGUGACAGUGCACUUUUCCAGCCUGCAGGAACAGGAAAGCUUGGAAGAACACUGGGAGGGACUACCUUCACUCGCAGGGCAGAAGUUAAAAAUAGAUAUGCCUGAAAGGAAGGGUAUGCCUGAAGAAACAGACAGAGAUAUGCCACAGCAUCUUCAAAAACUCUCAUAUACAAAGGGCAGUGAGAUGACGCAUGUCAACGUUUCAGAUCUGGUUGCGGAAAGUUUCAAGGCGUACCAUGCCAUGAUGACUGAGGUCUGUGCAGGCAGAAAGUACCCACACAGAACUGAGAGACGAGAGAGAGAAGAAGCAAAGAGAAACAGUUUGCCAAAGUCUCGAACCCCAAGCAAAGACAAAGACUUCUGUGGUCAGAUGAAGAAGGACAUGUAUGACAGCCUGCAUGAUAAUCUGAACUCUGUUGUGAAACAGUCAUGUAAGAACAAGUUCAGGUUCUACAUACUGGUGACAUCAGAUGACCCAUUCUUCAACGAGACAAAGGAGCUGUUAGAAGCAGAGGGACACAUAACAGUAGAACAGUCUCAAUUCUGCCUUGGAAAGGAUAGUCCCUCAUCCCCUCUAUACAUUAUCUUGAGGAACGAAGAUAUUGCUGAACACAUUUGUGAGGUCCCUCACUUGCUUGAAUUGAAGAAGUCUCAGAAUGUGUUGUUUGCUGGUAUUGACCGUCCUGAUGACAUUGUGAACCUGACCCACCAAGAACUCUUCAGCAAAGGCGGUUUUGUGGUGUUUGAGGGAGCAGCACUGGACACACUCAGUCUCAGCAACAUUAAGAAAAUGUCUGGUUUCCUUGAGGGGCUAAGUAAAAAGGGGAAGUGGAAAUGGCUCUUGCAUUACAAAGACAGCCGGAAGUUGAAAGAAAGCGCACGGUCUAGUGCUGAGGCACAGGGUAAAAAGAGCUUCAUGGACAACUGCCAGGAGGCUGGAAUGGUGGAGGUCUUACCCUACCAUGAAUGUGACGUCAUUUCAAGGACACGACCCAACUACCUCCACUGUCUAGUCCGCCUGCAGGUCCAGAACGUAUCAGCUCGUCUACCUGUAUUUAUAACUGACACAACGGCAGACAAAGCGUUUGCAAAACAUGGGAUAUUCACAAUGAAUAUUAACUCCUUCUUGCUGAUUUCUCAGAGUGACACUUGCACUAUUUCUUAAACUGACAGGGAAGCCUGACAGAAGUCUUCAGUACGAUCAAUCAAAUUUGAUUUAUAAAGCCCUUUUUAUACUGAACAAAAAUAUAAAAUGUAACAUGCAACAAUUUCAAAGAUUUUACUCGGUUAGAGUUCAUGUAAGGAAAUAAAUUAGGCCCUAAUCUAUGGAUUUCAAAUGACUGGGCAGGGGUGCAGCCUUGGGUGGUCCUGGGAGGGCAUAGGCCCACCCGCUUGGAAGCCAGGCCCAUCCACUUGGCAGUCAGGCCCACCUACUGGGGAGCCAGGCCCAGCCAAUGAGAAUUUGUUUUUCCCCACAAAAAGGAUUUAUUACAGACAGAAAUUCAGUGUACAUUAUCAACAGCUGUCACAAAGUGAUUUAAAUUAACCUGACCCAGACUCCAACGAGCAAGCAGAAGAACCGUGGCAAGGGAAACGUUGUAACCUCGAAGAACCAGACUCAGAAGGGGAUGCCCCUUCACUCCAAAAUCUGCUUUUUAGGGGGUCAUUGGGAGUUAGACACACUGAUCUAAAUCAUUGUGGUGUAAGAAUAAAAUAAUUCUCAGUAAGUUAUGUUUAUAGCAAGGCUUUGUGUAUUGCUGUUUUAGUCUCUUUUUUUUGGUUCCUUAGUGUAAAUCAAAUUGUGUAGAUUUAUUUAUUCUUAAUCAUUUUCUAUGACAGGUAGAUUCUGUAUAGAUUAACGAUGACAUCUGCUUCAAUGCAGAGCUCUGUGUUAGUGUAUUUAUUUGUAUGUUUGUAAAUACAUUUAUUGCACCUUUGCGAUAAAGAAAUUGACUAAA